GACACAAGAGUGGUGGUGGUGGUGCUGUGGUCUCGUGCUCACUGGGCCGCGGCCACACCGAGUGAGGGGGGUAGGGACUUAUAUCCUGCAUUUGUACGUCUUGCAUCAUAGGCUGUCCCUUGUGCUGUACCUCACACUUUUCCAUAUGCAACAGGCAAUGCAUGAUGACCUCACCCUCACAUUCAAACUUCGGAGUAUCAAGGAAGUCAAAGCUUAAGUUAACAGCAGAGGGCAUGAGUGGACUCAGCUUAGAAGAAUAUGACCUGCUUGGUGACUCCAAGUACCGAGCCUACGUGGCUGCGGUGGACAAAACUUUGCGCAACUUUGAAAAUACCAGUGAAUGGGCCGACCUUAUAUCCACACUGGGAAAACUCAACAAGGUUCUGUUGUCUCACAUGAAGUAUCCUGUUGUGCCAAGACGCAUCACGAUCAGUAAGCGCUUGGCCCAAUGUAUGCACCCUGCUCUACCAUCAGGGGUGCACCUGAAAGCCCUUGAAACAUAUGAUAUAAUCUUCAAGUGCAUGGGAACCAACAGACUCUCCCAGGAACUCUUCAUAUACAGUGCAGGAUUAUUUCCUCUCUUCAGCAGUGCUGCCAUGAAUGUACGAUCUGCCUUGCUGACUGUUUAUGAGACACACUUUGUUCCUCUUGGUCCACGUCUCAGGCCAGGACUCAAUGGCUUUCUUUCUGGGAUCUUGGCUGGACUGGAAGAAGGGUCAGACCACCUGGAGAGAACUUCCCAGCUGCUGUCUCGUGUGGCUGAAGGUGUAGGUCAAGCAGAGUUCUUUGGCUGCCUAUGGGACUGUGUGUGGGGCAACUCUGGGGUGCGUCUCCCUGGUAUCACUCACAUCAUGUCCUGUUAUAAUAGAAAACUUUCAACUGAAGAUCAACUUUACAUCCUUGGCACAAAUAUUGAUGUUAUGGUUGCAGCAUUAUGUCAGGCCAUGGAGGACAGUAAUGUCAUGGUGCAGAGAGCAGCACUUGACUUGACACUGGCUGCAUUGCCCAUGCAUAACACACAGCUGCUGCGUCCAGAUUUAGUCAGAAUUGUUACCUCUGCUAUCUUAGUCCUGCUAAGGAGAGACAUGUCCCUCAACAGACGUUUGUAUGCCUGGCUGCUGGGCUCUGAGAUAAAUCUCACCCUGCUCUCCUCUGAACACCCAAUCAUGAAGCGUCUCAACAGUGCUGUCAGUGACUCAUCUGUUGAUGAUGGAGUGGAAGUAAAUGCCUAUUUUGAAAGUUUUUCAAGACCACUCUUAGUUGAGGGUAUUGUUGCCUGCUUGAGGACUAGUCAAGGAAAAAAUCCCCCAGACCUGAGGCCGUACAGACUCAUUGUUUCACUGUUGGACAAACCAGAAAUUGGUCCAUACAUCUUGGACAACAUAUUUUUGGAUCUACUCAGAUGUUUGUAUCACACUUGCCAAGUUUUAAAGAAAACAAGUGAACCAGUAUCUGAGCCCAGUAGCAGGAGACAGAGUGUGACAGAAAAGCAAAGUCCUUCAUUGCCUCAGUCACCAGAUGGCACCACCAAGCCUCCAGGUGAUGGCAGUCGAGGUUAUCAUGAAAUAACAAAAACAGCAACCCUUGUGUUUAAUGCCUUGCAACCAUCAUAUCCUUGGAUGCACCUAACUGAUCUUCUAAGACAAACUUGUUUACUCAGGAAAGCCUCUGGCAAUAUUAUAAAAGAUAGAGGGAACUUUGCAGUAUUAGUGGAAAAUGUUGGUGACCCAGAGACAAGCGUGUGUGAAGUAUGCACUCUUCUGCAGCACCUGCUUAGUUCACUUCCUCUGGAUACACAGCAGCAAACCCAGGCUUCACGGCUGCCAGAGGUGCUGUCCACGGUAACUACCCUCCUAACAGAUCAUCUGAUGGUUCUGGAUGCUCGGGAAUUGUUGGCGGGACUCACUCUCUGUCAAGCCAUUGUACAUAAGUUAAUUCCUUCUGUUACUCUACCCCCAUCAAAUUCUUUUUCACGUCCAGAUUCAAGAACAAGUAUUGCGACAUUUGCUUCUCUGCAACUCAAGGCCUUGUCUCAAGUAAGCCCUGUGAUGCGGCCUGUGUCAGUGCCAGAAACUGCAGCCAGAGAGAGUCCACCUACAGAGUGUGGAAUAGUUCAGAUUGGCAUUGAAGCAAAUGAGGAUGAUACUAAUCCAAAUGAACAAAGCUCAAGUAGUUCAGUGGUUGAUGGAAGCUGUAAUGUAAGUGAAAUUUUGGAAGUGGAAGCUGAAACAUCAUUCAUCUCUAGUCCAAAUAAUAUUGUUGAUGACUGUCAAACAAAGCUAAUAGAGGCAAAAAGCAAUUCUGAAAACAAUGAACAGUCAGUUGAAAGUGAAACCUGUACUGAAAAAACAGAUGACAUAUUUGAAUGCAGUGAAAUACAAAGCUUAAAUGAUAAAGGUGAGAGUGGGUCAGACAUAGAGGUGGAAAUGUCUAUGGCCACAAAGAGAGAAACUGAAAGCAUCACUGAAGCAUCUCUUCCACCACAAUUGUUUAAUCAUGAAGGUAGUGAGGAUGAAUUUGAAAGUGCACCUCAGAGCCCAAAUCAAUGCAAGUUUUCCCCAAUACACAGUUAUGUAAAGGAUUUUGAGCGAUUUUUUCUGGAAUUCAUUCAGAAAAGGCUAAUAUCAAGUGACUCAUCUCUCACUGAUUUUCAAAAUGCCCUAUACAGAGGUGAAGUUUUAGGUGCAGACAGUCUUUUAGAACUCAAAUCUAUGCUGAAUGAAUGUUUAUUGUGCUGUGAGACUAAUGAAAAAACCAAAGCUGAGAAAAAGCUAUGUCUCUCUUCACCUGGGAGUUCCCCUUCAUUUAUUCAUAGCCAGCAUCAUAAGAAAAAGAGCAAGAAUGACGACCUCCAGUCAGUCAUUCACUUCAGUCCUGAGUCGAGUGAACAGCUGGAAGUAUUUCAGGUGUCAUGCAGCCUCCUGGUGGAUCUUUCCUCUCUGCCCACCACACUUGAUGUUGUCCCUGCCCGUCCAAGCAUAAGCAUUCCUCAGUGGCUCUUUAGUUUGCUGGCGUGUGUCAUAUGUGGCCAACAGGUUUCUCCACAAUUCUCCUUAGCAUCAAUAUCAACUCUUUUGGAGCUGGUGAUGCUGGCACAGUCUGAACUCUCUGUGUGGAGAAGAGCAUUCAUACAGGACACAGGAACAGAGGCAGGGGUUGUCACUGUCAACAUAACACCCCUUCUUCUUCCGACACAUACUCAUGUUCUUCUCCAUCAUACAUCAGUGUAUCAGCAUGUUGCAAGCCAGCUGUGGACUUACCUGGAGCCAAGUCUGAGUCAGUUCCAUGUAACCAGCACAGAACUUCUUCUACAGCUUCACAGUCUGACCUUACCUUCAGUCUGCAGUGCUACCCUCACCUCAGCACCACCACAGUCACCUAUAUCUGUUGUUGAAAGACAAAUGCUUUUGGCUUUAACUCGCCAGCUGCCAACCUUCUCAGUGAAAAACGAGAAUGGAGUUCUUUGGAGUCAUGGAGGAGUAAGGGUGGAGUGUGACAGUGCAGCCAUGCAGCAGUGGAUGACCUUCUGGCAGGUGUCCCGCACUGUUUCAUUAGGAGCUUCUGGAAAGAAGCCAGGAUUUGACAGGUGUCUUUUCUUGAUGGUAGAGCGCUUGCAAGGCAGCAGUGGCUCGGAGAGGAGCUUGGCUCAUGCAUGGCUCACUUCUUCUCUUCAGCGCAGUGACAUGGCUCGCCUCAUUGAUCCCAUCCUUGUCUUGCUACUCCAUCCUCACACACGCAGAGUCAGUGUGCAACAUGUAAACAUCGAGAAAUUGCCUCCGUCUCAGCAGGGUCAGGGAAGUAAAUGUGUAAUUGAAGAAUCACAGAUCUAUGCCAUCAGCUCAGAAGGUGGAGAAGUUGUAUAUCAUGUCAGCAAGGAGGGCAGACAGUCUCAUUUGAAAGGUAGACAAGCAAUAGCAUCAAGCAAACACAUACUAGCCCUUACAUCUUUAUCAGGAGAUAGUAAGAAAAUUAUCACACAUCAUGCCAACUUCACUGAAUUUGAAAUGCCUUCAAGCUGUACUCACCCCCGACAGUCUCCAAUAUCUGUCAUGGUGAACCCCUUCACCCAUCAUCCUUGGAUAGAUAUGGAAGAUAUUGCCAAGAUGAAUAAGCCCUCAAAUAUAUCUAAUGCAGUAAGAAUACAUAAUGGCAAUUACCAAAAAUCACCCACAAUAUCAUCAGAAGAGGUCAAGAAAAACCCUCUUACUGGUAUGGAAGAGGAAGAAGACAAUGAAGAAGCUGGAGAAUGGUCACCAAAUCAGAUGGUUCAAGGCAUUCUUGAAGAAAUUAUUGAUUCUGUUGUUUCCAACCACUUCAAGUACCCUGAGAGUGAUGGGUCUAGUGAACAUGAUACAAUAUCUCAGUCAGUUGUGAGUGAUACUACAACCUCUGAACAAAGCAGACAUCCCUUCCAUUCUCACAUGCUCUUGUACAUGCAGAUUGUUGACAGUGGGCAGUGUCUAAAUGGACUGUCACUCUUGAGAAAUGUCAUUGAAGCACAGCCAAAGCUUUCUCUGUUGACUCUUGCUUCAACAAGCAUUAGCUCCUUACAGUCAGCAUCACCUCUAAUUAUCUUACUAGCAAGGCAUCGUCGAUCAGUCUUUGGGGAUGGGUUUGAUGGUGGGAAUGCUAAUGACAUGGUAAGUCAGUUUCGAUCUACAAUGUACCUGCAAGUUGUUAUCACCGUGUGCCUUUAUUAUCUUCGUUCAUACUACCCCUGCCUUCCACACCUUAGAUUAAGAGAAGAGCAUUUACGAGACAACCAAGAAGUGCAGGUGGCCUCAUCUGAGGUUCUUAGUCUUGUUUUUUCUCACCUGUCUUCCCUGGUAACUGAUUCUCCUCGAGGAUUUGUACCAUACAUCACUGAUCUGUUGAGUAAGUGCAAAGUACAGAAGUGUGUUUUACAUUGUUUAUUGUCUACUGUACAUGCUAUGAAUGGAAACAGUGCUCCAGCUUCUCAAGAGACACGAACUUUUACUGAGGAAGUAUUGGAUUACAAUUCUGGGCUGACUAGCCAGUCUGGCAAUAUAACUAAACUAGAAACAUAUCUUGCUAGAGUAAUUGACCUGACCCUAGCCUUGAUUCGCCUGGAGGACAUCUUGGCCACUGAUCGAGCUGAGAGUGGUAUUGUGAAGGAUCCACCCAGCAUAAGCAUGAAGUACUCUGGUAUAAAUUCAGCCAAGUAUCAGCCAGGACAGCCCAUUCCAGCUCAGCCUAUGUUCAUGGAGGUAAUAAGUGUAGCACUGAACCAUCACCACAUGCGCCACCUUCAUGGAUUAUGGCUACAUCUGUUCACAGCAUCUCUACCUCACAUGGGCCCCUCCCUGCCAAACAACAGUCUUCGUGUUACUUACCUGAUUUGUGAAUUGCUGGAGCACAUGGCAGGGUAUUAUAGUCCUGGAGCACAAGCACCCCAAACACCUCCAGACUACACCCUCACCCUGCUGCAGUACCUUACCAACACUGUUCACUUCUGUCUCCUGGAUCCAGCACAGUCUCCAGCAUUUGGUUCCUCUUCUUUUUCACCAUCAUCAACCAUUCCAACUGGCCAGACUGCCGGUCAGAUACUGUAUAAUCUUCUUCAUGUAUUUUCUCCAGUUGGGGAAAUUGUGGAUGCCCCAAUUGAUAAUAGCAACCUGGAUCCACAAGCUUGUGCUCGCCAUACUCUUCUGUGUCAUCUUCCUCGUAUAAUAUCAUCACUACUGUCACUGUGGGUAGCAACAGGGAACAGUCAGGAGGCCCCUUUCAUCAUGGGAAGCAAGAAAGGUGUUAGACAACAAAUAGUGGAGUUACUCUCACCCAUUUGUCACCACCAGACACCUCACCUACUGGCAGCUGUUAGUGUUGUUUGGCAGAGCAUUGGUGUUGUUGCAUCAGAGGCCGUAAACACAAAAAGCAACAUCUCACAUGGUGGAAUUCACACAAAACAAAGUGGAGUUGGAGGACUUCUGUGGAAUGGCUGUGUCCAGCAACAGGCUUUAGUAGAGAUGAUGUCCUUGCUGCGAGUGUUGCCCCUGCACACACUGGUGGCCACUGUGAGACAGGUGGUCAAGCAGCCUCCUAUUGUUGAAGGCUGUCAGCAGACCCUGCCUCUCGAAGUGAGUGUGUUGCAAGUGUUCUAUGUUUAUGCUCAGCAAUGUCCUGGGUCUCAACUUGGGGAAUGUUGGUUUCCCUUGCUGUCCAUGGUGAAGGAGGGAACUCUGACCCUCUCCCCACCUGCACAACUUGUUCUUCUUGCCAUUCUCAAUGAGUUUGUCCAGCGAGCUCCAGCACUGCAAGAGAAGAAAGAUGUUAAAGAAUUGCAGGAAGUGUCAAGCAAACUGCUGGAAUCCUGCAGUAACAUUGCUGGCUCAGGUUUGGAGCCAACCACUUGGCUGCGGCGCAACCUCACUGUAAAGGCAGAGCAUCCAGAGAAGAAGGAGGGUGUCAAUGAUGCAUCAGUAUACAGUGUAGCAGCCUUGAGUGUGCUGGCUGAGUUACUGGCACCUCUCCUGGAUGUGUUGUAUGUGAGUGAGGAAAAGGACAAGGUUGUGCCACUGCUCACCAACAUCAUGGCCCACGUGGUGCCUUACCUUCGCAACCACAUGCGCAGCAACAUGCCAGCCUUUGCAGCAUGCUCACAGCUGCUCUCGUCCCUUGCCGGGUAUCAGUACACAGUGCGGGCAUGGCGGAGGGACGUGCUGGACCUGUUGCUGGAUUCUCACACCUUCAUGAUGCUCCCACCAAUCCUCACAUACUGGCGUACCAUAGUGGACUACCUCUGCACUCAUGAUAAAACUGUAUUUAAAGAAUUGUUAAGUAGAGUUUCUUUGUCUCAGGGAGGCUCCCUUAGCCUCUUCUCCAGCAAAGAGUCAGAAUAUGAAACAAGAGCUGGCCUCUUGAAGAGACUGGCCUUCACCAUAUUCUGCUCAGAGACAGAUCAGUAUAUGCGUCAUAUUCCAGAUAUUCAGGAACGUUUGGCUGAAGUGACCCGCUUAGGGCAAGUGGUUCCUCUGCUAGUGUCUCAAGUGCUGCUAUGCUUCCGUGUGCUGUUACUGCGUCUUUCACCUCGAGGAGUCACAUCACUGUGGCCUGUCAUCAUCACUGAGCUGGUACAAGUUUUCCUUAUGAUGGAACAAGAGCUGGCUACCGACACAGAGCAGUUCAGCAAAAAAGGGGGAAGUUCCCACUUAAAACGACUGUCUACCUUGGACUCGUCAUGGGUGUUUAGUACACAGAAUGGUUUGAAUGCCCACAACAACCCAUCCUGGCUGACCCUUUACCUGUCAGCCUGUAAACUCCUAGAUUUAAUGUUGGCUCUUCCUGCUCAACAUCUACCACAAUUUCAAAUGUACCGCUGGGCAUUUGUGGGCCCCAUCCCAACCUCAAGUGCUGAAGAAAACAUGGAGGGUGCUGGAGCCAUCCUCCUCAAGAGUUGUGACUUUGUGCCUCACAUUGCCAGGAUUGCCAAACUCAUGGCCAGUAAGAAAGGACCCAAAAACACUAGAACAUUAGAAUACCAGCCUGGUCACCUGAUGUUAACAGUGACAAGCAUCUCAACACUCACGGAUCUUCAACCAUUCUUCAACACCCUUGUGUCUCCAUGCUUUGCCCCUGCUGGAGCCAGUGGUAACCAGUCCUUCACAGGCACCUAUUCUUCUGCAGCAGUACCACCAGGUACUGGAAAGACAUCAUCUUCAGGGUCAUUGUCUUGCUCCUCCACUUCAUCUUUUUCUCUAGCACAUAUAGAAGCUGUGAUUGAAAGGGAUUUUUUGGAGCCCCUUCCCUCUUAGCAAUAUAUGAUGGAUGUGUGCAUGCGUGUAUGUGUGUGUGUGUGGUUGGAUUCUCUACUGAUGUCUUUUAACUGGGGUCUGAAUAGGUAGUCAGAUGAUUAGACCACUUCCAAGUUUGACUGUGAUUGUUUCAGCGUUUAAGAUAACACAGUACAAGAAGACUGGACAAUACUGUGCAUAUGUACAUAUCCAUAUAAGGUGGUAGGUGAGUGUAGGGAUUAGAUCUGAAAUAGUGGAGUGUGUGUGGGAGUAUUUGUAAAUUAGUAGCUUAGCAUUAGGUAACUCUUGCUGUCAGAAACAUCUUAAGUGUUAUCAUAGUAUUUAUAUUUUCUGUUAAUAUCAAAUGUGUAUAUGAAAAUGUUAUUUGUUGAUUUAUAGUGUUUUAUCAGUUAACAUUUAAAUGUAUAAAAAAAAUAAAAGCAUUACAGGAUAUGAAAAAAAUUAUGUGAAUUUAUAUUUUACAUAGCAUAAUGAGUAGUAAUUUGUAGUCAGUUAAUUAAUAAAUAUAUUUUCUCCAACAUUUUUCCUGAGUUACUAGUCAGUUAACUUAGUAUUUAAUCGGAACCAUUUUUUAUUCAGACAAUAAGGGACCCAGGGAACCAGGAUGAAUUCUCAUAACCAGUGUGUACGAUGGUGGUCAUUGAAAUCAACAUGGUGGGGCUUGCUUUUGUUACCCUGUCUGAAAUUCAGACUCUCCCACCUAUCUCCAUUAUGGUUUAGCAUCAGCUGGGUGGUCAUACAUCUGGCAGCUCAGGACAGUAUUUUGUUAAUAGGGCACUGAUAGCAUUCAUAUUUCAUAUCUGUCAUAUGUCCUGGGGUAAUUAGUUGUGUGGUUUCAUUAGGCCAGCUAUUUUCUUAAUACCAUAUUCUGCUUCUGUGGUUGGUGGUAAGGACUUAAGAACUGAUGAGACUGCAGUCAUAACAUCCCUCUACAAGUCAGGAAAGUGUAACAAAGAAAUUUCUUCCAUAAGUGCAGACAUGGACCAAAAAUAAAUCAAACUGGCAUCACUGAUCCACCCCCGCACAAGAAGAGGCCAGGCAAAGCUUGUUUAACUGAAUUACCAGGAGAGCCCUUGAAGAAAUUAAAUUAGCUUUGUAUCAGCAGAGCCCUAUCAGCGAACCUUGCCACACUGAUUUCAAUGGCCACCGCUGUAAUUGUACAUAUAAACUAACAUCUUGUAACCUCCAGGAACUGUCUUCAGGGGAGUGGUCAUGACAGUCUCCCUAGCUAUGCAUUUCCAUAUCUACACCCCUUCCUUUGUACAGGCUCAUUUUUCUUUCAGCCAGAGGUGGAAAUUCUUCAUACUGGAGAUAGACUUUUGCAAUAUGUUGUUAGAUUUUGUUGCAUGGGUGUUAGGAUUGCUACAGGAAUGGAGAGCUUAGUUGUAUGAUAAGCUUUAAGAGCAGAUAGGAGUUUACAGAGAUCAUUUACUACUAACAGUAAGAUAGCUUGCCCUGCACUUGAAUGGCAGACUAUGAUUCAUGAGUGAGAAGGUGAUGCUUUGUGGUAAUGAAGACACGACUUUUAAAGAGAUAUAUAAAGAUAUUGAAGGUAAAUGUGCAGUUCUGGUGUAAGAUAUAGCCAGCCAAAUGUGUGUUGAUGAGAAUGGGAAGAGAAUACAUCAGUGAGAAGGGACCAGAACACAGAGUAGUUUUAGUUUACUAUAUGAAGAGAAAGAAUGAGAGUGAUUGGUGAUGACUGGAUUGGAUGUGAGAGGUGCAGGGCUAAGGAGGAAGCCAUAAAUGGGACUGAUGGAUAGUGUGAAGGGAGCAUUAAAUGAAAGAGUGACAAUAAGGAUGAACUAAGAGCAAUUGUUUAUGUAUAAAUGGGACGCAGCCUCAAAGGCCUCUCUGGAAGCUUUGCCUACAUCUGUGAUGUAGGCAGUUAAUUAGGACAGAUGUGGGAAAGGUGAUAUGUUCAUAAUCAUGUAGCAGAGGCAGACCAGUUUUGUUGAUGGGCACUAAUGUAGGGAGAACUGGGUAUGCUGUACAACUGAUCCUUUCAUAGUGUGGAUGGUGAGGAUCGGUUAGCCUUCCCCUAGAGGUCUAGAAGCUAAGAUAUGAUUUUAGUAUAUCCUUAGGUGAUGCUUGUCGGUAUGAUUGCAAGAAUUUGUUGGAAAGGGCAGAUGAUUUUAUGUGUAAUGUGUAUUUAAUGCCCACCACCUUGAAAAAAAACGUGUAAAAGAGCAAGAGUGUGAAAGUAACGACAAAUGUAUGAAUGUGGAAGAGUACCAUUUUUUUUUUUUUUUUUUUAGUUGGUAAAUUCGUAUAUUCUUUAUGGUCUCUGCUUCUUUCAAGUAAGGUUACAUAGUCUGUUCUGUCAUUAAGUCAGAUGCAAUCCAUGUGUUUGUAGCAGCUGUAUAUUUGAAGAAAAGGUGCUUUCAGUUAAGAUCAAAAGGGAUGAAUCUGAUUUUCCUCUAUACAGUUAUACAUAUCUCUUUAGCUCUGAUAUCUUUUAAAUCUAUUGGAUGUUGUCAGAAGAGGUGGCAUUAACAAGACACCUCAGUGUUUACCCUUACAACCAUAUAGUCCACAUUGCAUUCCUUAUUUCUCUCUUUGUUGCAGCUGAUUAACCAUAUUAUAUUUAAAAGUAUAAACAUAUAAGAAUAAGCUGUUGAAGCAGUCAUAAAUGGGGAAGCAAAAGUGUAACAGUUUAUUGUUGUUAUCAUUGCAUGUUGAGCUAUUUUCUUCUCACUGUCUUUGAUAAUAUUUUAAACUAAUUGGAAUUUGAAAAGCUGAACAUGGAAGACAAAACUACAGAACAGUUGUAAAUGUGCUAGUUAUGGUACCUGUAUCAUAAAUUUAAAAGAAACCAAUUAUAUAUAAAGUUCAAAUUGUAAAACAGUCAACUAGAUAUAACAUGGUGCAGAAAAGUGUGUGAAGGAAGGACUGGAAAUAAGACUAAAAAUAAAGCAAAAGGGAAUGAUUGUCUUCUCUCAGCCCAGGAUUCAAACCCAGGACCUCACAUGUAUGAGCUGAGUGCACUAACCAAUCAGAGUGCCAAGGGAAGUCAUGACAUUUUUAGUCAUGGCUAGUGAUUGUACUGAACAUAUUGAUUGAAAUGUCUUUGGAAAGAUGUCUGACUAGUAUGUUCAUUCUAGCAGAGUGAUAUUCAUGAUCAGCUUCUGUGAGCUGGCUGCUGGACAAAGGGCUUCCCAAUCUUCUCUGCUCAUCUCUGUCAGUGACCUGUCUAUUCUAAGACACCUUAGCAAAAUUUCUUCCUUUCUUUCCAUUUCUUUAUCUGUCCUGAAUUCUUUUAUCAUUCCCAAAGAAGGUUGCAGUUCUGUUAUGCUGUUAGCCUAAGUGUCCAUCUGUUAUCUAGUCAGUGUUUGACAUGUCUUGUCCAUGUCCACUUUUUAAUCUUUAGCUGUGGUCAGAUCCCUAAUCCAUGAUGUUCCCUUCUUACUUUACCAUGUUAUGCCAAUCACUAUUCUCUUCAUUCUCUCUUUUGGGCCCUGAAAGAUUCAAUGCAGGGCUUUUAUAAGAUCCUGGAUAUCAGAUCCAUUUGGUAAAAGUGAAGAAAUUAUUUUUCAUAAUGUUGCUGUCUUCGCCAGAAGCUCUCCAUCCCAUUGCUCUUGUAAUUUCUUUUCAUGAUAGACAGUAGUUUUCUAUCUUGAAUAUAUUUAUGGACACUUUUUAAUACUUAAUCCUGUACUUUUAAUUUUAUAAUCUAAUGUAUCAUUAUUAAACAUCUUAAAAGCUUUCCUCACUGCUACCAUGAACAGUUCAGGAGAAAUAGUAACACCUAACACCUUGUCUGAUGCCUUUUUACUUAAUGACACAAACCAGUGCUAUUCCAAAGUGUUUUUUGCCAUGGCGGUUUCAUCAAUGGUAAUCUCAUAAUUCUUCAUUAAAAUGAUGAAGGUGAAGUAGUUUUAUGAUUUAUUCACAUGCAGCAGGAUUAAUGCAAGAAAGGAACUAGAUGUCAAAUGUCACAAGAAAACACCACAAACUGCCAUUACUUUGAAGCAAUAAGUAUAUUUGAAUGAAACUAUAUGCAGAAAUAAUGUUAAGUCAAAAGAACUUAUCAAAUUCAUUUUCUAAUAUAUCAGUUUCAUUAUGAUUUCCAGUGAUAAAGGACACCUUUACAUUAAUUUGAACCAAGAUAGUUUUAUCUUUUUUUUUUU